AUGACAGCUAACAAGGAGGGAUCAACUUCAUUCCCUGGCCUAAGAACAAUAUGGGAGAAAUAUUAUGAUGAGGCACAUGCUAUAGUAUAUGUUAUUGAUUCUGCCUCCGCAUCAACAUUUGAAGAUGCCAAAUCUGCUCUUGAGAAAGCGCUUCGACAUGAGGAUCUGCAAGAGGCCCCACUACUCAUAUUCGCAAACAAACAGGAUUUACCAGCAGCAGUCACAGAAGAAGAGUUGGACAGACAUCUUCACCUUAAAGAGUUUGAUGAGAGGCCAUACAUGUGUGUGGCUGGGUCUGCCUAUGAUGGGUAA